AUGGCGAAUCCAGUGCCGAAUCCCGCAGAAUGUGGAAUACAAGUAUUUUGCCGUGUACGUCCUCUGAAUAAUAUGGAGGAGAAAUCCGGUUCAAAAUUUAUUCCAAAAUUCCCAUCGGAUUCUGAAGAAAUUAUAUCACUUGGUGUAUUACAUGUGCACUUUUUUUUAAGAUUUCAGGGCAAAGUUUAUGUGUUUGACAAAGUAUUUAAGCCGAGUACUUCUCAAGAAGAAGUCUAUAUGGGCGCUGCUUACCAUAUAGUUCAGGAUGUUUUAUCAGGAUAUAACGGCACUGUUUUUGCUUAUGGACAAACAUCUUCUGGAAAAACGCAUACGAUGGAGGGAAUUUUUGGAGAUACUGAAAAACAAGGAAUUAUUCCACGAAUUGUACAGGAUAUUUUUAAUCAUAUUUAUAAUAUGGAUGUUGAUUUGGAAUUUCAUAUCAAAGUUUCCUAUUUCGAGAUUUACAAUGAAAAAAUCAGAGAUUUAUUGGAUGGCUAUAUAUUCCAGAUUCAUAAAAAAAUAAAACAAUUUCUUAGUGAAGAAAUUAUGUUAUGCUUGUUAUUUCUAUUUCCAGUUACUAAAACGAAUCUGGCGAUUCAUGAGGAUAAAAAUAGGGUUCCUUACGUAAAAGGUGCGACAGAGAGGUUCGUAUCGAGUCCCGAAGAAGUAAUGGCAAGCAUUGAUGAAGGAAAGAGUAAUCGACAUGUUGCAGUAACGAACAUGAAUGAACAUAGUUCGCGCAGUCAUAGUGUAUUUCUUAUUCAAGUGAAACAAGAGAAUACCGUGACUCAAAAAAAACUCACCGGGAAAUUGUAUCUUGUAGAUCUCGCAGGUAGUGAAAAGGUUAGUAAAACUGGUGCAGAGGGACAGGUAUUAGAAGAGGCGAAAAAUAUCAAUAAGUCGCUAUCGGCGCUAGGAAACGUUAUCGCUGCUUUAGCGGAAGGAACGAAAGGUCAUGUCCCAUAUCGUGAUAGUAAACUUACUCGUAUAUUACAAGAAUCUCUUGGUGGUAAUUCUCGUACGACUAUCGUUAUUUGUUGUUCACCGGCAUCGUAUAAUGAGGCGGAAACAAAAAGUACACUUAUGUUUGGUCAACGGGCAAAGACGAUCAAGAAUGUAGUAGUGGUUAAUGAAGAACUGACGGCUGAAGAAUGGAAACGACGUUACGAACGGGAAAAGGAAAAAGUAGCUCGACUUAAACAACAGUUAAUGGCAGCUGAAAUUGAAUUGAAUCGAUGGAGAAAAGGAGAAAAAGUUCCAGAAUCAGAGUGGAUAAAUCCUACUGAAGGAGCGGCUCUCAGUCUUCCACAGUCAUCUGGAAUCGAUUCAUUAUCGCCCUCCAUUAGCGAAUCAACUAUCGGUUCUCUUGAUCGAUCAGUUACAGUGGCACAAGUUCCUUUAUUAACUUCGCCAAUAGGAGCUAUAACAGAUGCAGAUCGUAGAAAGUAUGAAGAGGAACGAGCCGUAUUAUAUCAGCAACUAGAUGAAAAGGAUGAUGAGAUCACUUUACAUUCCCAGAUGGCAGAACGUCUUAAACAACAAAUGAAUGAACAAGAAGAAUUGAUUAAACAAAUCAAGCUCGAUUAUGAGAAUGCUCAAGCCGAAGUAAAUAGGAUUCAAGCUGAAAAUGAAGCCGCAAAAGAGGAGUCCAAGGAGGUUUUAACUGCGCUUGAAGAAUUGGCAAUGAAUUAUGAUAUGAAGACUCAGGAAGCAGAACAAAAAAGUAGGGAAAAUGAUCAGCUUGGUGAUGAGCUGUCAAAAAAAAACACGAAAUUAUUCGAACUUACUGCUGAAUUGGAAGCACUUCGUGAAAGUUGUAACACACAAAAAAGACGAAUUACGGAAGCAGUACAAUGUAUGCUUAGAGACUUAGCUGAUGUUGGUGCAAAUUAUACCAAUGUUACAAAGCUUACGGUAGAAAAUGGAACUGAUAAGCCAUUCGAUGAAGAACUGUUUGCACAUGCUAGGAUUUGUAUUUCAAAACUUGGUGCUGAUUUCAAAUCAACUUUGCAAAAGGUUUCGAAUCUCGAAUCAGGAUCUGGCGAUUUUGCUCAGAAACUAGAAACAACCGAAAAAGAACUUGCCGAAUGCCGUUUGCAACUGCAUCAAAAUGAAGCUAAAAAUAAAACACUUCAAGAAAAUAUAGCUAGUCAAGAAAAAAUCAAAAGGCAAUUGGAAGAGCAAGUUGAUUUGCUCAAUGAAAAGCUAACUGCUAGUGGAAGUGGUAUUACUGAAGAGAUAAGCGAAGAGGUCAAAGAGAAACAUGCAAAGCAGGUCGCAGCUCUUCGUGAUGAAAUCUCGCAGAAGAGCAAGGAAAUAGAAGAGCUAAUGGCUUCGCUACAAGAAUUGCGAGUUGCGAAAAAUCAGUUGCAGUCGGAUUAUGAUAAGUUGAAAUCAGAUGAAUCUGAAAGAGAAAAGCGAAUUAAGGAGCUUUCUGGAUUCUCUGAAAAAAGGGAACAAGCAAAAAGCGAUUUAAAAGGUUUGGAAGAAACUGUUGCGAAAGAACUGCAGACACUUCACAAUUUAAGAAAAAUGUUUGUUCAAGAUAUAGGUCAAAGGAUAAAACGUACCCCUACUGGCACAGAGCCAAGCGAAGAUGAAUAUCUGUCGUCACCGGCACAAAAACAGAAAAUAAUUUUCCUUGAAAAUAAUUUAGACCAACUUACUAAAGUCCACAAACAGCUUGUUCGAGAUAAUGCGGAUUUGAGAUGUGAAUUGCCCAAAAUGGAAAAAAGACUUCGUACAAUAUCGGAUCGGGUCAAAAGUCUUGAAGCGGCUCUUAGGGAAGCAAAAGAAAAUGCGAUGAACGAUAGAAAAAAAUACCAGAACGAGGUAGAACGUAUAAAGGAAGCUGUGCGGCAGCGCAAUUUAGCACGAAGGGGUCUUGCAGCGCCUCAAAUAGCAAAACCGAUUCGUCCCGGUCAGAUAUAUUCACCAAUAGGCAGUGGUGGUAUGACUGCAGGUGUUUUGAUGAGAAGCACUCAACCUCAUACCAAUUUUUCUUCAGUGAACCCUUCAUAA